GAUCCUCAAAUUCUUAAUUAGUAUUAUAUCUCCUUCGAAUUUCUCCUUACGUAGAAUUCCCAUUACCAUCAUGGCUACUACUUCUUUCUCCUUAUGCAUUAUGCCAAUCUUCAGAGUUUGGUUCCUUUUAUUCUUAUGCUCAAUGGGGAUAGUCUCAGCUCAAUUGUCCUCUGAUUUUUACUCAACAUCGUGUCCAAAUGUGCUUUCAACUAUUAAGACAGCAGUGGACUCUGCUGUGAACAAUGAGGCUCGAAUGGGGGCAUCCUUGCUACGUCUCCAUUUUCAUGAUUGCUUUGUUCAAGGAUGCGAUGCAUCAGUGCUAUUAGAUGACACAGCUAGUUUUACGGGUGAACAAACGGCAUUUCCUAAUGUUAACUCCUUAAGAGGUUUUGACGUAAUAGACACCAUAAAGUCUCAAGUGGAGAGCUUGUGCCCUGGUGUUGUUUCCUGUGCUGAUAUCCUUGCUGUAGCUGCAAGAGACUCUGUGGUUGCUCUUGGUGGAACCAGCUGGACAGUUGAAUUGGGCAGAAGAGAUUCAACCACAGCAAGUUUCAGUUUGGCAAACUCGGACUUGCCCGCUCCUUCCUUGAAUCUAGGUGAACUUAUCACUGCUUUCUCAAACAAAGGUUUCACAACCAAAGAAAUGGUUGCUCUAUCAGGAUCUCACACAAUUGGCCAAGCUAGCUGUUUAAACUUCAGAACAAGGAUUUACAAUGAGACCAACAUUGAUGCCACUUUUGCACAAUCAUUGAAAGCAAAUUGUCCUAGCACAGGUGGUGAUGGCAAUUUGUCCCCUCUUGACACCACUACGGCAAACACCUUUGACAAUGCAUACUUCAAGAACUUGCAGGAACAAAAGGGUCUCUUGCACUCAGAUCAAGAGCUUUUCAAUGGAGGAUCCACAGACUCUCAAGUAAAUGCUUAUAGCAAUGAUGCUGCUAGUUUCAAAACUGACUUUGCCAAUGCAAUGGUUAAAAUGGGGAACCUUAGUCCACUCACUGGGUCUAGUGGCCAGAUUAGGACCAAUUGUAGGAAGAUCAACUGAGAUUUUGGGCCCUCGGGGUACUGAAUAUAUAGUACAAGUUCG